AUGAGUACACCCUCCUCGACGAAUUCCGAUGUGUCCGAUGACGAAGGGAAAAAGAAAAAACAAUUUCAAGAGGGCCACGGUAAUACGUGUCCCUUUAAACUAGAAUGGUCAUUUGGUAUCAAUCCAAAUGUUCCUGUAAUCAACUUGACGACCGAUAAACGUACUUUAAUUGCCUAUGCAUGUAACCAUGUAGGAAUAUUGUAUGAUUAUGUUAACAAAGACGUUAUACCCCUUCAGGGUCAUAAAAAUGAUGUCGCUACCUUAUCGGUUAGUAAAGAUGGAAAAUGGCUGCUUUCGGCAGAUUUUGAAAAUGAUUGCGUAGUCGUAGUCUGGGACACGGAAACACGAAUUCCGAUUUGUACGCUUUUUGAUCCACAUGGAGGUUGCGAAUUGUCCGCAGUACGGAUCAGUCCAGAUGCCAAGUACAUAGUAACCGUAGGCAAUGAGCCUUGUCAAAUUGUCAAAAUUUGGCUCUGGACUUACGGCAAGGAUAUACCUAACGGUGCUGUAACGAUAACUGAUAUGUUACAAGAUAGAAUUAAGAAUAUCAGCUUCAACCAUGAUUCGUCGAAUGAAUUUAUUUUGACUUCAGACUCUCACGUGUUAUUUGUUGCAUGGGAGCAUAACGCUUUCCACGUCCAAAAACCGACCGUGGUAGGAAGAUUACAAAAAUUUGGCGUCUUUAAUAAUUCCGUGUAUGUGUCAAAAACACAUGAAGCAUUUACCGGAACCGCAGCCGGGUUUCUCUUGAUUUGGAGCGAUACCGAUAACGUCAGUUCUUCCACGAUAGAUCCUACGUCUAGUGUAAUGAAGCAUGUAAAAAGUGUGCAGUUACAGGAUUGCAGUAUAACUCUAAUAAUCACUCACGAAGAUAUGAUCGUGACGGGCAACAGUUUUGGGCACAUUAAUUUCUAUGAUCACCAAUUGAAGUACCUCCACUCAUGUCGAAACUGUGAGUUCGAUUCGAUUUCGUCCAUCAGCUUCGACUGUCCCUCUAAAUUGACACGACCGUAUCAGCAUAAUGGUGAAUCGGACCGAUCCAGCAGUGUUCACGAGAAAGAUAUAAAUGAAGGAAACGAAUGUGAAGGUGAUCUUAAAACUGUGGAGAAGUUCCCGGGAGAGGAAGGAGAAAACGAAGAUAAAGAAGAAGAAAUUGUAAAGACAGUUUCUUCUAAUCUGACUAUUGACAUACAUUGUUCACACACCAUUGACAAUAAUGAAGCGACGCAAACGGGCCAAGUUGCAUGGAUAGAAUUUACGAAAGGGAAAUGCCAUUUUAUUAUGCACACUUCGGAAGUACCAAUAAUUGCUAUGGACAUACAAACAGAAAGAGAUUAUUUGGUGACCGGUAAUACAAUGGGUCUGCUCCGUCUCUACAACUACUCAAUACCCAGUCUGUUCCUGUCGAAGAAGACGCCGCCUUUACCGUCUUUUCAAUCGAUCCUGAACAGAGAAGUGAUUAAGGGAGAAAUCGUUUAUAUCACGCAAACUAAGAUGUCUGAAAACCUGACAUGUAUAACGGCCCUGAAAUUUUCACCGAGAGAUGAAAUGCUAGCAUGUGGACUUGAAAAUGGUGUGUUAUGGACGCUGCAUCCUGAUACUUUGGAACCAUUAGACGAUACGCCAUAUAGGCAUUCCCCAGGAGCAAUUUUGAAGAUUGCAUUUUCUCUGAACUCCGAAUUCAUGGCCUACUCGGACGAUACAUCAGCAGUUGCAGUGUUUAGAAGAAAUAAAAGUGCCUUUUCACUAGCAAACAACGAAAACACCCCAAUCUGGUAUUACGUGGGCAAAUAUCAUUCGCAUUUUAUGCCCAUUCGAGAAAUAUUGUUCGUUCCUCCUCCAGCCGGACUAACGACUCCUCGUCUUCUUUCGCUGGGAGAAGAUCGAGACCUCGUUGAAUAUGAUCUGGAAAACAGCGGACCAUACCCUGACCCAGGGUUGAAAAUUUUACAAGUCACUCGAAUAGAACGUGACGCCGUUCCACUUUGUAUGGCGCCAUAUCCCCAACUCAUGGUGGAAAGAUUUCUUAUCGUUGCGAAUUCCAAGUACAAGUUUAAGCUCUUGAAUGAAGUAACAAAAAUGAAUCGUCGGACCGUUCGGUGUCCCACCUUUAGUUCACCUGUUCAGCACAUAAAGAUGUUACCAGUCAAAGGCAUGGAUUCACACGCACAUAUGAUUUUCGCGACCGAAAAAGAACUCGCCAUACGAUUGGUUCCUUCGUAUGGUAACCCUUUCAUGAACGUGGCAAUAAUUGGUCAUCCAAGAAAGCUCAAAAUAUUAUGCGUCAGUUCGUGUGGAAAGAAGCUGUUUACUUUGGGAUAUAACGAUCACAGUGUGUUUAUGUGGAAAAUCAAUUUAAGGUCGGUGGACAUUAUGGCUCGUUUAGGUGGUUCUGGACUUUCGCCAUAUUAUUGCCUAUUAGAAGGAGGCAGUAACGGCUGGCUUGUGCAAGAACUGCAGGAUUUGUUUUAUUACGCUCAGAUUUUGCAACAGGGUGAGAAUACAAUGACGACGAGAAUAGUGACGGACAAAGUAUCCGUUAAACAACUGCCGAAUCUAAUGAGGGCAAUCGGCUUUUAUCCCAGCAAUUAUGAGUUGGAGGACAUGAUGAAUGAAGUGAUAUACAAAAACUACGCUGAAACUGGACAACGAGUGGACGAAAUCUCGUUCGAAGAAUUGAUAAAACUGUACAUAAAUCAUCGACCCGCGUUUGGCAUUUCCAGCUACGAAAUGAAAAAAGCAUUCUCGGCGUUUGACGAUUCGGCAGGAAGUCAAAAUCCAAAAAUGUCUCUCGAAGCCUUCAUCGAUGUGCUACUUGGUCGUUCAGGGCCCCACACAUAUUUGCCAUCCGAAGAAAAUAAGUUAUACGGUUCGUCCUACAUUGUAACGAAUUCUUAUUCGGGGCUUGAAAGAUUUGAUAGUAAAAGAAAGAAAGCGCCCGAUUCCGUUACCAGACAAAACGAACGAGUUUCUCACUCAGAUGUAUUUGGCUCGAAACUCUACGAACCUAUCUUUAACAAGACAGGGGAACCCCUAACUGUAUCAGAAGCGCAUACUUGUUUGACUCUUCUAAUGUCUCAAGGUGAUAUAAGAUCAAUCGCCGCUGCAAGUGACCAAGAUUUCCUGGAUGUACAAUUUAACUUUUUGCCCACGACGAUAUCGUACAAAGACUUUGCAAUGGACAUUAUGGGAAUCGAAUUGCCAGAAGGAAAGAGACAAGUGCAAUUAUCGGAAAACUCAAAUCCGUAAUCGUUACACUCCGAUAUUUAA